CGUGAACCGGUCGCCGCCAGCAGCAGCCCGCCGCCGCCGCCGCCGCACGCCCGAUAUCUGUCGCUGCGGUGCUUUUCCCGGCCUGUGCGACGUGGCGUGCCAUGCAACGCCGUCACCGCGCGACAAACUCGUGCCGCGUUACGCAUAAUCAAUAUGGGAUAUGGGCUACAUGCAGCGCUCCCUGCUGUUCCUCCCCAUUGCGCCGCCCGGCCCUGUCCGCUUCCUUUUCGCGCCCCUGGCCCCUUCUAUUGCCCUUGAUUGGAUGCGUCCGCGGCAUGGCAGGCUUGUGUGUUUACAGCUUCUCCUUCACAAGUGUGCGGUACCUACUGGCGCAUACUCUCCGUCAACUCGCAGCGACGCUUCCCAAAACUUCGAGUCCUUCUGUUGCCGGCAGCAGCAAUUGGAAGCAAAGGUAGGAGAAUGUCAGCCAUCAUGAUUUCCUUCGCGAAUUGUUGUGUUCGGUCCUCGUCUCUCACAACUUACCGCGUAUGCCCACCCGAACAG